AAGCAGUCACGGAUUGGAUAUUGAAGUUCGCGAUGAACGAACAAACCUCCAAAGUUUCCAUUUCAGUAUUUCCCAGCUAAUAAACUUUGGAAUUCCUCCAGCAACGUGUUGCUCUCUCAGUUCCAUUUCAAGUAAAUACCCUCAUUCACGGGUUGCACAUACCAUGCACCUAUAAAAACUAAACUAUAGUGUAUAUCAAAAACCAAGAACAUAAGAAAAUAAUGCAACUAUCCUUUUUAGAACCCAAAAAUUAAAGUCAUGGGUUCAAAGAUUUCAGCAAUCUUCUUCAUUUCUAUGAUUUUCAUGUCAAUAUGUUUAUCACCAGCUUAUGCAACUUCGGGACAAUGCCCAUGUACUCCUCCUUAUCCACCUUAUCAACGCCCUAGUCCACCUGGCACUACUCCACGUCCGCCACAUCCACCAAAAUCUCCACGUCACCCUCAUCCACCUAAGUCCCCUGGUAGGCCCCACCCUCCGUCAACGCCACGUCCGUAUCCACCAACCACCAGACCACCACCACAUCACGGCGGAGCACCUCCUAGGGUUUUGCCGCCUAUUGUCAGACCACCGCCAGUUGUAACACCUCCGGUCACAAGGCCACCUGGCAUCUUACCACCUAUAGUCAAUCCUCCUGGCAUUUUACCACCAAUAACAACUCCUCCCGGAGGACCUUCUGCUGGAUAUCCACCUUACACACCUCCUGGUGGUGGUGGUGGUGCACCCGGUCGCGGAGGAGGAGGCGGCGGUAUUCCGGGUAUUACUCCAGCGCCGCCUGCCACGUGUCCUAUAGAUGCAUUAAAACUUGGGCUUUGUCUUGAUGUUCUUGGCGGCUUAGUACAUAUUGGGAUAGGAAAUCCAGUGGAACAUAUAUGCUGCCCAGUGUUACAAGGAUUGCUAGAGCUAGAAGCUGCGAUUUGUCUAUGCACAACAAUAAGACUUAAACUUCUUAAUCUUAACAUUUUCCUCCCACUAGCACUUUCAGUUCUUGCAACUUGUGGUUUAACUCCUCCUCCUGGUUUCAUAUGUCCUCCUCUUGUCUGAACUAAGGUUUUUAUGUUGGUCCUUUUGUUGUCCGAUCCAUUCUGCACGGUAAGAGAUAAUAUGCAAAUAAUUAGUUCCCUAGUCUUGUUCUUUCGAGAUGUAAAACGUUAACUAUCCUAAGAGUUUGUGUCUUUGUUAUGUUUUUGGUAUUUCGCUCCCAAAAAAUGGAUUCUGAAAGUGUGUAAAAUUCAGUAAUAAUGUAUUGGCGAGGGUUUUCAUGUUCA